AUGAACAAACCUUUACGACUUAAACAUCCAAUUUUAAGUAUUGCAAAUAAUGCAUUAGUAGACCUACCUGCUCCAAGUAAUAUUUCAUCAUGAUGAAAUUUCGGAUCAUUACUAGGUUUAUGUUUAAUUAUUCAAAUUUUAACUGGAUUAUUUCUUGCUAUACAUUAUACAGCAGAUAUUAAUUUAGCAUUUAAUAGAGUAAAUCAUAUUUGUCGAGACGUUAAUUAUGGUUGAUUAUUACGAACUUUACAUGCUAAUGGUGCAUCAUUUUUCUUUAUUUGCAUUUAUCUACAUGUAGGACGAGGAAUAUAUUAUGGAUCAUAUUUAUAUACACCAACUUGACUAGUAGGAGUAAUUAUUUUAUUUCUAGUUAUAGGAACAGCUUUUAUAGGAUACGUUCUUCCUUGAGGACAAAUAUCUUUCUGAGGAGCAACAGUUAUUACUAAUUUAUUAUCAGCUAUUCCUUAUUUAGGAAUUGACUUAGUACAAUGAGUUUGAGGAGGAUUUGCUGUAGACAAUGCGACUUUAACUCGAUUUUUCACUUUCCACUUUAUUUUACCUUUUAUUGUAUUAGCAAUAACAAUAAUCCAUUUAUUAUUUUUACAUGAAACCGGUUCAAAUAAUCCUAUUGGAUUAAAUUCUAAUAUUGAUAAAAUUCCUUUCCAUCCUUAUUUCACUUAUAAGGAUAUCGUUGGAUUUAUUAUUAUAACAAUAAUUUUAAUUUUAUUAGUAUUAAUUAAUCCAUACUUAUUAGGAGACCCUGAUAAUUUUAUCCCCGCUAAUCCUUUAGUUACACCUGUUCAUAUUCAACCUGAAUGAUACUUUUUAUUCGCUUAUGCUAUUCUUCGAUCUAUUCCAAAUAAGUUAGGAGGAGUAAUUGCAUUAGUUUUAUCAAUUGCAAUUUUAGCAAUUUUACCUUUCUAUCACUUAAGAAAGUUCCGAGGAAUCCAAUUUUAUCCAAUUAAUAAAAUUAUAUUCUGAACAAUAGUAGUUACAGUUAUUUUAUUAACAUGAAUUGGUGCUCGACCAGUUGAAGCUCCUUACGUUUUAGUUGGUCAAAUUUUAACAGUAGUUUAUUUCUCUUAUUUUUUAUUUAAUCCUUUAAUAACAAAGUGAUGAGAUAAUUUAUUAAAUUAG